AUGCUCUCAUAUCUUCUUGCAUUAACAAGAGAAGUAGGGAUAGGAGAGUGCGCAGAUCGUGUCCAAGGAUCAACUGGAAUGUAUUUUUAUUCACAAACUCUCGGUUGUUCAGUUAAUAUAUGCGUAAAUAUAUCAGUUUAUGAUUUUUAUUUAAUUAUCAACGAAUUGCCAGCAAAUUCAGAGGUCAUAGAAUACAGAUCAUACAUUGGUGACAAAAAAUUGAUGUAUUCUAAAACUUAUUAUCCUCCAAAUGUUCCGUUUUACAUCCAAUCUUCAAUCCCAUUUGCCUCUUAUACAAUACGACUUGGAUCAGAAGGUUAUUGCGAAUUUAUGUAUGGUUCUUUGCCUAAUAUUUGCAAAACAGGUCUUAUCUUAACUAGCGAAGUCAAUAAAACAAUACAAUUGAGCUCCAGUGCUAGUGGUUACUAUAAAAUUCGAAGUUAUGAAGAUAAAUGCAUUUUAUUUGUGUUGGCAAAGCAAAUUAACGUUUCAAUUAAAUCAAAUGCAGACAACAUCGAUAGGAGAUUUUUGCUAUAUCAAAAUUAUGACAAUCCUUUACCUGCACUACAGCCAAAUAUUGAUUUCUCAUUGGAUUGCGUUUUCAGGCCUUUCCUUCUCCGCUUUUUAUCAAAGGGCCAAAACUCAUUCUUAUCCAUUAGUAUAGCAGCAGAUGUGGCAUUAUCAAAUAACCUUAAAACAGAAUAUCGGGAACCAAACAAUUUUACUAAAUUAUGUGAUGAAAAAGAGUGUACUAUUUGGGAAUUUAUGUCCCCAAAUAUUUUAACUCUCUCGAUUUUAUUUACAGUUUUAUUUAUUUUCCUUGCCAGCGUAUUUGUCUAUUUCAUGAUGAUUUGUUGCUGUCCAAAGUUUAUGGGCGAUAAGAAAUCUACUACAGGAAAGCCUGCUUCUAAGAAGAGUGCAAUUCUUGAAACUAGAUCAGAGCCAGAAGGCUACUUUGCUGUUGAUUAUUUAAUUACAGCUGAUGGUAGAUCAUCACCAGCCAAAGAUGUAUGA